AAUCCCUGGCCAUUGACAACAUUUCAGGUCUGCUGUCUCUUGUUGUGGUUGUCUGUUUACAUCGUGGGCGUGAAACUAUGUAGAUUACAGAAAUGUUUGGUAACCCACAAAGAUACAAGGCUGUACUUCAGCAAUACGAGGCGAGACAUGCGAAUGCAGGAUGUCUUCUAGCACUGCUGUUUGUCGUACCAUUCCUGGCACGUAGUUACAGUGUGGCAUCGGUCAGCUGUGGUGCCUUAGUCUACGUCACAAUAGUGGUACCUCUAGCUACAGGAUACAUUACAGCUGGCACGCUGAUGGCACUAUUCAAGAGAUGUGUAAUGGCAGUAAUAGUCGGUGAAAACAGCUUAAUUCACUCAGCAGCAAGACAUUCUCGUUACUUCUUACACUGGCUUCACUCAGUGUAUCUACAUUUGGAGAAUAUACAUACAACUACCAACCAGGUUGUAUUCAACAUGGCUGCAGAGAAGGUUUUAUGUCCGGAUGAGAGAUUUGCAAGUCUGUACGUCCUACUGUUUUACACUGUUCUUGCCUACCUCCAACAAUCAUUAAAGAAGCGCCAAUGGUCCCAGGUGCUUCAUGAGACGACCGCUGCGGACUUCUUAAGGCUCACAACAGCGUUUGUUGUGGCUCGUCUUGGCAAAGCCAUCGUAAUGGGAAUGGUUCUUCUCACAUUCACUGUACAGUUUAACGACAUCGAGCCUCCAAUAUCAUACGUUCUUCUAACUGCUGCAUUUUUUCUCCUCUCUCAAUUCCCAGGAACACCAGGUGAAGACAGCCCAGUAGUAACUACAGUUCGCAGCUUUGACUUGUACGAGCUGGAGGGACUAGAAGAAUGGUGGAUGCCUACAAUAACCAGGUCAACAACAAUAACUAUGUCAGCAAUGUUAGUGAUGUUUCUUUUACUGCGCUCUCAUUGGAUUCUUGCAUUGUUGUUGGGGUACACCAAUGUAAUGGUCCCCUGGUCUCUGAUGAUGGAACAAUGUUGGUCACCUCUAUGUGACCAGCGGCAGACGACUGCUCAAUACUCUAUGCCAUCCCUACGGCAAGUCAGAGGUCAAGUAUGUCCCGUAUGUUUGGAUGACAUGCGCCUACUGUCUGCACGUGUCACACCAUGUCGACAUGUAUUACAUACUUACUGUCUUCGCAAGUGUGUGCAGUCUUUCCAUCAGUGUCCUCUAUGUAAACAUCCUUUAUGACCUUUUAUUAAAGUUUAUAUUUUAAUCGCUCUA